GUUGAACGUUGUGCUACGAGCCCAUUCGUUCACCUGGCUGGCCACUCAGUCAGUCAAUCACUGUCUGAUUCUUUCUGUCUGUCUCUCUGCCUGCCUGAAUUUUUGUGGUCCAAAUGCCCCUCCCAGAUUCAGCAACACAUACAAAUCUCGGCGUUGCUCCAACAGCAUGUUAUAGGGCUGCCAAAGAGACCGGCCCUGCUCUUCAUACACCCCAUGAUAACACAAAUGACUCCCUUUCAAUACACCCGUCCUAAUAUGCCUGCCCGUCUGGAAUUAACACUGCCCAAAUCAAGCCGCAAAACCGGCCAUCAAAGAACCAACUACAUACCGGGGAGCAGUCAUUAGCCUUGCGCCGCCGCACCGGGCUUCUCAUAGAGGCCAGAAGACGGCCACAGCCAAAACUCUUCAUACGACAAAGACCACCCUCCAAGGGCCGAAGUGCACCUCCAGAACAUAUGUACAACGCGGACUAUAUCUACUGCUGCCGUUCCCUCCCAAGCACCGGCAAAAGUUCUGUGCACGACACCAUCAGCUCACUGAUCAACCAUAGCCGCUUUAUACAAGAGAGCAAGGUCCUUUUACAAGAGCAACAACAAAGCUUCUUCUGCGAAUCUACUCAGCAGUCCUUGCCGACAGCCAUAGACUCAUCACCGGGCACGUCACACCACCCAUACUGCGUCAUGCCUUCGCACUACAGCAGGUCACAGUGCCGCUGCGUCGUCUGGACCCUCUACUACACACGCUGCGGUCACUAUGUCGACGCCAGUAGUAGUCGUGACUGUACCGCGAGCACUCAUAGCCCUACCGAAAUGGGCUGCGAGGAGCGCGAUGGGUACUGCAUGCAGCCCGACUGCCCUGCAUCAUAUUCAAGCAGAUCAAGUAGAAGGAGCAGGCGCUAAGUCUAUCUAGCCUUGCCAAUAACACGGCCUCAACAUGAUUCCUCUCACGACACUGCCAACUACACCAAAAAAGAAACACGCGAGCAAUCAUGUUCAUUGGACUUAUCGACUCUCUCAACAUCCACUCAACCAACGGCCUCCAAUGUGCGCAAUUUAGACUAUUUUUUUUCCGCAAGGCGUCGCAAGACAUCCCAUCCACUACGUCACCAGGCCGUUCUUCGCUCUCCUGGUACUUUCUGAUAUUCCCCCAGCUCCGACUAUGAACGUUUUUAUGUUCAGCCAUCACACUCCCUUUUCAUGAUUUCUAGAAGUUAUAUAUCUGCUCUGAAUACUUUCUCAUUUUGGUGCUUUCUCUUUUUUUUUUCUGUCUGUACUUGAGCGCAAGCUACUCGGGAAUUUUUGUUUUUCGUUGUCUAUACUAGCAUAGGCCUUUUUUCCUGCAGCAAUUUCUUUCUUUGUAAAUAUUACUAGACAGCAAGUCGACAGCGAAUGUUAUUUCAGAGUUACACAA